GAGAAUUCCUGCCAGUGGGAACCCUAGUUUUCCAGAAGCUCUGCCGAUUUUCAGUAAUACAUAUGAAAAUAUCAUCCCCCCCCCCCGGCAACUGAAUGGGAAAUAAAUUCGCUUAGCUGCCCAACAAACAUAAUACUGUGGAAACAGAAGAGCAGAGUUAAUUCUGGAGCAGCACAAAGGGAGGUAUUCACUGGCUGCAGAUCAUAUAAAAUGCUUCAGUAGUAAUAAUAAAGAAGAGAGACAAUGGGAUGUCAAGAGUUGUAAGAGUUGGAGGAUAAUGUUACUUUUUGAUUGGAGGGGGGAAUUUGCGGGGUAACAUAGUCUUGAAAUUUAAUCCUGAUCAUUUCAAAAAUCUUUCAUUUUCUUUCUUUCCUCCCAACAUUCCCUCCGCUGUAGUUUAAACAAUUUCCUUUGCUGCCAUGGCAACAUGAAAACAACCUCAGAGCACAAUGAAAAGGAUGGCAGUCUUUUCAUGAAUCCUGGGACCAACCAGAACAGAAUUAAAAAACAACAGCAACAACCAGGAAGAAUACUAGAAAAGUAACCUCAAGGGGAGAUGAUAAUAUCAGGUUAUGCUUUCCAACAGGUUUCUUUACUUUUCUAGUUCUAGUUUCAUACAAAACCUCUUUAUGGAUUAAUGUUGCUGUUAUGAAAUUGAGCUACACUUAAUAGCAUUGUUAAGCUCUAAGUCAGAAGAGAACAUCCUAUAAUGAAAUAGAACUCUGCUUUUAGAAGCAAAGGGAAGACUCCUGAAGCAGCAUUGCAUUCAUCUUAGAAAUGUCCUAUCUGUCUCUCCUAAGUCGUGGCACUGGGCAGGUGAUCAGAAAGAAACAGGAGAAGCUGGAAGUGCAUUUUGAUCCCAAGGAUGAGCUGAAUUGGAUGUCCCCUGAAGGCCUUUACAAUGUCAACAGACUACUAGAUCACAGGAAGAUCAUGAAGGAGUACUGGGGGAUGUGUCCCCCAAAAACAUACUGCACAAGAAGAGGCACACUCUUUCUCUAUUCGGAAGAUGUAGCCAAACCGUGGAAAUGGAAGUUGCAGCAAGGAUGUCAGAACAAAAGCCAGACAUUAUGUGUAGAUCUUCACACACUCCAAGAUUUGGCACGGGCUAUCUUAGUAUAUGGAAGCAAACAGCUGUGGCAAGAUAAGAAAGGAAUUGCUCAGCAGCCCUAUCUGUACUUCCUGAGAGAUUCAGACUCUGAGAUGGUCAGAUCGAUGAGACCAGGCUAUUCAGCCAAGAGGUACCUCCUCAAACUCUCCCAAAGCUGGAAUCCAAGUGUUUUGCAAAAGCUUCAGAAUGCAGGAUAUAUUAGUGACCCCUUGUUGUUUAAGGAAAAUGCAGCCGCUCUCAGGAAGAAAUUACAGGAUCUAUCAGCUAUUCCACCAAAUUAUAAUCUACAUAUUUUCUACACUCCUUGCUUGUACUCACAAAGUGAACUAGAAGAACAGACUUAUUCAGGUGUUGGUCCUCCAUUGCGUAAAAAGUCAGAAAAUAAAGCCUGCCUGAUGAAAGGUGACGCAGAACAUAAUGCCAGAGAAACAGGUCGAAUCCCUUUAAGAAUUUCUGUAAGAAAACUGAGUUUUCAUCUUCAACCACAGCAUUCUAGAGAAAGCAUCUGGAAUCAGAAUGAGGCACACUGGCAGAUCUCUGAGGACAGAGGGGUAGAAUGUCACCAAGGUGGAAGGACCAAGAAGGAGCCACAUAACUGUGAAAUGCCAAACCAAUCAGUAAAUUUUCCAUUAUUGGGAAAUACACGAAUUGACACUUCUGAAUUUUGGUGUGAGCAAUCCCAUGUGAAUUUCUAUGGUGGCUUCUUUCCUGGAAAAAAGAUCACAUACAGUGUUAACCAAAAUCACCUGAAGAGCACUGCUAGCAGAGGAAGAGGACUCUCUGAAGACACAGAAGUGUUUCCCCUGAUUAAUCAAGGAGGUAGCAAAGAGCAAGAUGAAAUCACAAAGAAACACAGGAAGCUGGUGCCAGAAUUUUGCAAGUUACCUCAAAUAGCUGAAAGCUCACCCAGCGUUCAAAGGGAAAAAAUAAAACCCAGUGAGCUUUCAAAAGAACUUGUGAUCCUUCCACUGCUGGUUCAGUCAGAGUCUCCAGCUAAAGCAAAAAGCUCAAGAGGGACUUGUUCUAAAGAAAUCAAAUCUGAGACUGAUGUCAUUGAUAAGCAGUCAGCCCUUUUGCCAAAUGACCUAGUUUUAAACCCCAAACAUAGAAACAAGCGGAAGCAAACUAUCAAUGACGGCCUCCUAAGGGUUUCUCAAGAUACUUUUUAUCUACCCCUAAUAAAUUCAGGGAAGUUUGCACUGAAUGAUGGGAAGAAAAGAAAGAGAGAAGUGUCCACUGGAACUGACAACACAGAACAAAUAGAAAGCCAUAAAAGCACUUCGCUCAAUAUCCUUCUGACAGGUCCUAAUGGAGAAAUUAUCUGUCCACCACUUUUGAGAUCUGUUCAAACUACAGAUAAUCCCAGGGAAUUUGAACUAACUACAGAUGAAGAAGCUGCGAACUAUCCCAACUCUGCUCCUCCACUGGCUUCAAGCAAAAGAAUGUCCAUCCCACUUAACACAGGAGAAGAUGAACUAUCCAUUGAAGUAAGAAGACCUGCUUCCAAUAUUCUGCCAGAGAUUUGCUCUGAAGAUCAAGCAUCAAAUGACAAGCAGUUGUGUGUGCAGUAUAAACUUAUUAUGAAUGUUCAUAUGUGUGCAAAGAAGCUAGCCAUCACUUUUCUGCAAAAGGAGUUUUUAAAGCAUGGAUUAGGAGAAGAUGAACUAUCCAUUGAAGUAAGAAGACCUGCUUCCAAUAUUCUGCCAGAGAUUUGCUCUGAAGAUCAAGCAUCAAAUGACAAGGAAACCAUCCAACUUUCUGUUACACUGAAGAAUGGACACUAUGCCCCGCCUGCAUAUAAAAGGCUGGAACUUCCCCUAACUCAACAGACUCAACAUUUACCAAGAAAUGGGACUGGCUUUGAAAAUCAUGAAGUCAACACAGGAAAUGAGAGUGUUUCUGCUGAGUUUGGAGAAAGACAUCAGCCACGUCAAACUGGUCUCUGCAGAAAUAGCUACCCACAGCAGAGUGAGGAGGAAAGGGGUUACUCCAGCUUGUCACAAACACGCAGCAUGAAGCAGAGGAAUGCUAGUGACAUUAUGCAAGAUGAAGGGGAACAACUAGAUUCCUCAGCUCGAUCAACUAAUCUCUUCCACUAUGAACCACAUCUUUCUCAUUUGAAGAUUUCUACAUCUGAAAUAAGGCAAGCUCCAAAUCCUGAACAUGCUUCCAUAAAACCUUUUGACUACCAUGAAGAAGUUAUGGAGAAUCCAAGAAUUGACCUGUAUGCUUCUGAAAUAUUUGGCAUGGAGGAAUAUAUGACAGCAUUGUCAGAGUCAACCAGCCAGCCAGCUGGGGUUGCCCAUCUCACACAGGCUGAAGGAGUUUUAAAGAGCAAAAGGACUGAAAGACCAAAAAAACAGCCAAUACAGAAAGCUGGAGAUGGGUUGAAAAAACAAAAAAAAAGUUUGAAGAAAGAAAAAAACCAAAGUCAGACAGAGUUUGUUGUAGGGAAGCCCAGAAAAAAAAGAAUUAUUAGGAAAACAAUUGCUCACUCCAAGGGAGAACCUACACUUGCCAAACAAUCAGUCAGUGUGGAAGAGCGAACCUACGAGACAGAUUCAGGGCAAGAAGAUGUUGAAGCAGAACCUAUUAGCUGUCUUGUAGAGGAACAAAGAGAAGGAGGAGGAGGAGGUGGAAGAGGUGACCAAAGUCUUUCGGAUUCUAGCAUUUUUAUGGAAGAUCAUCCCUUGACACAUGAUAUAAUAUUUCAGGGGAAGCCCAGAAAAAAAAGAAUUAUUAGGAAAACAAUUGCUCACUCCAAGGGAGAACCUACACUUGCCAAACAAUCAGUCAGUGUGGAAGAGCGAACCUACGAGACAGAUUCAGGGCAAGAAGAUGUUGAAGCAGAACCUAUUAGCUGUCUUGUAGAGGAACAAAGAGAAGGAGGAGGAGGAGGUGGAAGAGGUGACCAAAGUCUUCCUGAUUCUAGCAUUUUUAUGGAAGAUCAUCCCUUGACACAUGAUAUAAACCAAACGUUUAGUGAAGAGGUUGGCAAUAUUUCAGGGUUUCAUCCAGGACCUACUAGUGAAACAUCCAUUGCUACCUACAAAGCAGUCUCCGCUGCAAAUGGUUCCCAGGCUGAUGCAGAGCAGGGAAAUCAGCUAAUGGAGGAUUUGUCUCUGAACAAAGAAGAGCUGAAACUAUCACGGGACAGGUUAAUAGCAGAGAGGGCAGAAAAGCGACGGCUGGCAGUGGAGACAAAGCGAAAAGAACAGGAAGUGCGGAAAAGGAAAGAACAGGAAGAGCAGGAGCGUAUGGAGAAAAUGAGAGAAGAAAUGGAACAGGAGAAGCAAAGGAGGAUUGAGGAGUUUCGUUUAAGAAAACAGCAGCUUGAAGCAGAGCGGCAGCAGCAGGAAGAAGAGGCAGAAAGGGAACGACAAGCUGAGAAGGCAGCCCAAGACCAGGCCCGGUGGUUACAGGAGGAACAGCGCCGGAGGUUUUUGGAGAUACAAAGGAAGAAGCAGGAACAGGAACUGAAACGGGCAGGUAACCUAAGAUGGGCCGUGUAUCAGUGCCAACCCCAGCUCUGUGGAGAUCCUUAG